AGAAUUGCAUCUGGACUGUACAAACAAAAAUUCAACUUCUUACAAUUUCCAAAAAAAAAAAAAAAAAAAAAAAAAAAGGAAAAUAAAUAUUAAAAAAAUAAAAAGUUUCCAUUUCUUCGUCUGUACGGCCAAUUGUCCUAUAUAAAAAUAAAGAUAAAAAUAAAACCAAAGUUCAUUGAGAGAGAAACAGAGCGAAAAACAGAAAGAUGAAGCUCGUUUGGUCUCCAGAAACAGCUUCAAGAGCUUUCAUAGACACCAUUAAAUCAUGCCACAAUUUCAAAGAAUUCGGUGUCGCCGAACUGCUCUCCGCCAUGGCCGCCGGCUGGAACGCCAAACUGAUCGUGCACGCUUGCUCCGCCGCCGCCUCCUCCACCGUCACCACUGUUGGCCUCGCCGUAGCCGCGAGGCACAGCGGCGGACGGUACGUGUGCGCGGUGGCCGACGAGAGGUCGAAAUCGGAGUACGUGAAGGCCUUGCAGGAGGCCGGUGUUUCGCCGCCGACGGAAAUUGUGGUUGGAGAGGCGGAGACGGCGAUGGCGGCGGUGGUCGGAGUGGACUUUCUGGUUGUCGAUUGUAAGCGGAGGGAUUUUGCUAGGGUUUUGAGGUUCGCCAAAGUGAAUGAUGAAGGGGCAAUUUUGAUAUGUAAAAAUACAUGGUCGAGAAGCUUCGAGAAGCUUGGUUACUGUGGGCUCCUCCCCAAGGGGACACGUGUCGUCAGGUCGGUGAGUUUGCCUGUGGGCCAGGGCUUGAGUAUUAUUCAUGUGGGAUCUUCUAACGGCGCCGGCGCCAUCUCGACGAGCAAGCCCAGUCGUUGGAUGAAGCACGUCGAUGAGCGGUCCGGUGAAGAACACGUGUACCGGAAGCGAAUUUGAAGCGGGUUUUUUUAAUGAAUAGUAAAUAAAGAAAAAACCCGGUCGGACAAACCCGUAGAAGUUAAUAUUUCGAUUUUAGUCGAAUGAAUCGAAUCUCCGUUUCUUCCUA